GGAAGUCGGUUGGUCUGGGAAAAGAACACAGGCAGACCGUCCGAGGCUUCAAACUACGGAAGUAAAACCGGUUGGGCCUCCGUUCCCUUAUCUUCUUCGUCCUUCCUCCUUUCACCACCACCACCUCUUAUCUCUUUCGCCCUGUCUCUCUCCAUCAUCAAUCCCCUCUCUUCAUCCUUCUCUCCCCCACCCCCCUCCGUUCCUUUCCUCCCGUUAAAGGGCAACCCUCCUCCGGCCUUCUGGAUGAACUGAACAUUGCAGCAGCUGCUGCUUCCAUUUGCAGAAUCGGAUGAGAGCAAGCCGGGAUUUGUCGUAUUAGUGUCGGUCGGUGCUUCCGGGCAAGCAGGAAGAUGUCCUGUCUGCUACCGCAGUUCAAGUGUCAACCCGGCACUUUCUGUAUCCACUUCAAGGGUGCCCUCUCUACUGCUCCCCAUAUCACCAUCCAGAGAAAUAGAGAGCACACUCACUUCCAUGCGCAAUGUGCUUUGUCCACUUCAUCAACAGGCUCAUCAACUGUUGUCCUUGAUAUGGAGAAGUUGAGAUUGCCUUCUUUAGAAGUUAAUUCAGAUCCUUUUGCUUCAAACAGAGCCUGGACAUAUACUGGAGCAGUUGGCCUACCCCCUGAGGCAAAUAUUGGAGCAGCUUUAGCUACAGAAACACUCUUCGCGAGUGAUGAAGCAGUAAUAGCAGCAGCUGCUGAAGAAGCAGUUACUCUUGCAAAGGCAGCUUUAAAGUCUGCAAAGGAUGCUGCACUGAUGGUUAAAAGCAUUAGUUCCUCAAAAUCUAGAAAUGUACUAACAAGUUCAUCCAAGUUGGAUACUGGUCUAUCAAAACGGGCUGAGCUUCAAGAACUAGACCAAGCCCGUUUAGUAAAAGAACUAGUGGAAUCUGAAGGUGGUCUUUUUCAGGGUGAAGAUCUCGGCAAGUACUCUGUGAAAGAAUGUGAUGAUUUGGAGCCAACAAAUGAAGAGCUUGAAGAUCUGCAAGAAGAGCUUUUGAAAAGCAUAACUGUGAGAUCGCAUCGCCAAACAGAACGAAAAGCCAGAAGAGCGAGAGCUGCUGAGAAGUCUGCUGCUAAUGUUGUUUCUGUAAAAAGUGGUUCUACUAGUAGGAAAAAGCGUGCUUCUUUACAGGAUGUUGACUAUUUCGAUCCACUGCGUUACUUGAGAGGAACCACAAGUAGCUCCAGACUUCUUACUGCCUCAGAAGAACUGGAGCUGUCUGCUGGAAUACAGGACCUGUUGAAGCUAGAGAGGCUGCAGGAGGAGCUUGUAGACCGAUGCGGUGGUCAACCCACAUUUGCACAGUGGGCCGCUGCAGCAGGGGUUGAUCAGAAGACCCUAAGACAUCGACUAAAUUAUGGUGUACUUUGUAAAGAUAAAAUGAUUAAAAGCAACAUAAGGCUAGUUAUUUCUAUUGCAAAAAAUUAUCAAGGAGCUGGGAUGAAUCUCCAAGAUCUCGUGCAGGAAGGAUGUCGUGGUCUUGUGAGAGGUGCAGAAAAAUUUGAUGCUUUAAAGGGUUUCAAGUUUUCAACCUACGCUCAUUGGUGGAUCAAGCAAGCAGUUCGAAAAUCUCUCUCCGAUCAAUCCAGGACAAUUCGUUUACCAUUUCACAUGGUCGAAGCAACUUAUAAGGUAAAGGAGGCGAGGAAACAAUUGUACAGUGAAAAUGGAAAACAGCCGGAUAAUGAGGAAGUUGCUGAGGCAGCAGGGCUCUCUAUGAAGAGGCUUAAUGCUGUAUUGAUGACUCCUAAAGCUCCAAGAUCUCUUGACCAGAAGAUCGGGAUUAAUCAGAACCUAAAACCAUCUGAAGUAAUAGCUGAUCCCGAUGCUGAAACAGCAGAAGAUCUGCUGAUCAAGCAGUUCAUGAGGCAGGACCUUGAGAAGGUCCUCAACAGUCUCAACCCGAGAGAGAAGCAGGUUGUGAGGUGGAGAUUCGGCCUUGAGGAUGGCAGGAUGAAGACUCUGCAAGAGAUCGGUGAGAUUAUGGGUGUAAGCAGAGAGAGGAUAAGGCAGAUCGAGUCUUGCGCGUUUCGGAAGCUUAAGAACAAGAAGAGGAAUAAACAUUUGCAGCAAUAUUUGAUUGCACAGUAGGCCCAAGAUUCAUCCGAUUAUAGAGGGGUUCGAGAAUCAGAUAAAGCUUUUCGUUUCAUCAGAUCCAAAAAGCUUUCUUUGUCCAUAUUUUGUUGUACACAUUUUACGUAUUAUUAAUAUCAAUGAUAACCUUUUCUUUUCCUUUUCGGUGGCAAAA